AUGGGUCCUUAUUAUAAACCAUCACCUCAAAAUGAAUUUUUGAAUAAACUAAGGUCUAUAGCUCAAAACAAAUAUUCCAUUUCAAUAAUUGGUAUUGUCAUAACUAUAGUUCUUUUAACAAACUUUAUAAUACAAAUUGUACUUGGUCAACUUUAUAUUCCAAAUUUUUCAAGUGUUCCAAAUACUGAUUUUUUCGACUUGAGAAGUUUUGAAGGUUUACCAGAUGGUUGGCAACAUGAAGAACGCGUCUUAUUUUGUGUUCCUUUAAGAGAUGCUGCUGCUCAUUUACCAAUGUUUUUCGGCCAUAUGAAAAAUUUAUCUUAUCCUCAUAAUUUAAUUGAUUUAUCAUUUUUAGUUAGUGAUAGUACUGAUGAUACUAUGGGUGUAUUGAAAACUCAUUUAAAAGAAAUUCAAAAUGAUCCAAUUAAAUCAAAUAGAUUUGGUGAAAUUGAAAUUUUUGAAAAGGAUUUUGGCCAAGCUAUUGGUCAAGGUUUUAGUGAUCGUCAUGGAUUUGAAGCUCAAGGUCCAAGAAGAAAAUUAAUGGCAAGAGCAAGAAAUUGGUUAUGGACAGUUAGUAUAAAACCUUAUCAUUCUUGGGUUUAUUGGAGAGAUGCUGAUGUUGAAACCGUUCCUAAAACUAUUAUUGAAGAUUUAAUGCAUCAUGGUAAAGAUGUUAUUGUUCCAAAUGUUUGGAGACCUUUACCUGAUUGGUUAGGUAAUCAACAACCAUAUGAUUUAAAUUCAUGGCAAGAAAGUGAAGGAGGUUUACAAUUAGCUAAAACUCUUGGUGAAGAUGCAGUUAUUGUAGAAGGUUAUGUUGAAUAUGCAACUUGGAGACCUCAUUUAGCUUAUUUAAGAGACCCAUAUGGUGAUGAAGAAGUUGAAAUGGAUUUAGAUGGUAUUGGUGGUGUUUCAAUUUUAUCAAGAGCAAAAGUUUUCAGAAGUGGUGCAAAUUUUCCAGCUUUUUCAUUUGAAAAACAUGCAGAAACUGAAGCUUUUGGUAAAUUAUGUAAAAGAAUGGGUUAUUCAGUUGUUGGUUUACCUCAUUAUGUUAUAUGGCAUAUUUAUGAACCAUCUUCUGAUGAUUUAAAACAUAUGGAAUGGAUGGCUAAAGAAGAAGCUAGACAGAUAGAAGAAAGUAAAUUAAAACAAUUUUAUGAUAAAGUUUGGUCUGAAGGUUUUGAAGAUGUUAGAGAUGAUUGGGAAAAUGAUCGUAUUAAUAUCUUCAAAAAUACAGAUACUAAUAAAUUGAAAAAUGUUAAAGUUGAUUGGUCAGAUUCUGAUAAUUUCCAAUAUAAACCACCUUUAGGUAAAGAUAAAGAUAAAGUAUUAGCUGCUUUUGAUCCUCAAGAAGGUAAAUAA